AUGUUUCAGUCAGAGGUGGUGUACCGACUGUUUCAGUCAGAGGUGGUGUACCGACUGUUUCAGUCAGAGGUGGUGUACCGACUGUUUCAGUCAGAGGUGGUGUACCGACUGUUUCAGUCAGAGGUGGUGUACCGUCUGUUUCAGUCAGAGGUGGUGUACCGACUGUUUCAGUCAGAGGUGGUGUACCGACUGUUUCAGUCAGAGGUGGUGUGCCGACUGUUUCAGUCAGAGGUGGUGUACCGUCUGUUUCAGUCAGAGGUGGUGUACCGUCUGUUUCAGUCAGAGGUGGUGUACCGACUGUUUCAGUCAGAGGUGGUGUACCGACUGUUUCAGUCAGAGGUGGUGUACCGACUGUUUCAGUCAGAGGUGGUGUACCGUCUGUUUCAGUCAGAGGUGGUGUACCGACUGUUUCAGUCAGAGGUGGUGUACCGACUGUUUCAGUCAGAGGUGGUGUACCGACUGUUUCAGUCAGAGGUGGUGUACCGACUGUUUCAGUCAGAGGUGGUGUACCGACUGUUUCAGUCAGAGGUGGUGUACCGACUGUUUCAGUCAGAGGUGGUGUACCGACUGUUUCAGUCAGAGGUGGUGUACCGACUGUUUCAGUCAGAGGUGGUGUACCGACUGUUUCAGUCAGAGGUGGUGUACCGACUGUUUCAGUCAGAGGUGGUGUACCGACUGUUUCAGUCAGAGGUGGUGUGGUGUACCGACUGUUUCAGUCAGAGUCAGUGGUGUACCGACUGUUUCAGUCAGAGGUGGUGUACCGACUGUUUCAGUCAGAGGUGGUGUACCGACUGUUUCAGUCAGAGGUGGUGUACCGUCUGUUUCAGUCAGAGGUGGUGUACCGACUGUUUCAGUCAGAGGUGGUGUACCGACUGUUUCAGUCAGAGGUGGUGUACCGACUGUUUCAGUCAGAGGUGGUGUACCGACUGUUUCAGUCAGAGGUGGUGUACCGACUGUUUCAGUCAGAGGUGGUGUACCAGCUGUCUAUAGGUAUGACAGAGUUUCUUAUGCUCCUGUUUAAAUGAUUCAUUCAAAUUAAUUGAUUGAUUAUUUUUAUUAGUGUAAUUGGGAGAACACCCUAAUUCAGCUGCAUAGCGUGUGUGUGUUUAAGUAUCAAUCAGAUGGAAUUUCAGCCCCACACUCCCAGCUGUGUCUGUGACAGCGCGUUGAAGAAUAGAGUCCCAUGUCCUCCUCCAACUCAGAUUGGUUACAGUAUACUUUAUGUAGAGCGAUUAGGUGACUAACAUAUACAUUCCUCCUCGUUUCCCCUCUGGGUUAUUAAGGCAUGUUUCUAUACAUCAUGUGAUUAUACAGUUGGGAUAUAAACCAGACCAGCUGACAUGUUAAUAAUAUAAUACAAAACCUCACCACCCACUUAUACAUAUGUUGCAUCUUAAUUUGAUCAUCAUGAUGUUUCAGGAAAUGAAAACUUCUCAAGUUUGUAAUUACCAUUUUAAAAAUGUAUCAAACCCUACAAAAUUUUUUUCCAUUAAUUAUAUUCCACAUCAUAUUUCACAUUACAUGCAGAAUAAUUCUCCUUCUGUGAGAAACUGAGUCAAAUUAAGAUAUCGCAUCUGUAGUACUACUCCCUGUAUCCUGUUUCCUUAGGGUAGGGCUGGGGCAUGGGUACGUUCUGUCCACUGGUUCUCGCUGGACAUAAAGAGAGGAAGUGGGACGUUCUCAGGAGUGGUUGUCGUUUGCUGUGUGUGAACAAAGCUUGUAUUGGGAAGGUGUAAUAACAUUAGCAAGUGCAUGUUACAUGACAGUCCAGUCAAGGCUUUGUGGUUAUUGGGAUGUUACACGCACUGUUUAUUUUGUGUUCCUUCCUUUCCUGCUGUUUCCUGUGUGUGUGUGUGUGUGUGUGUGUGUGUGUGCACGAGAGAGAGAGAGAGAGCGACAGAGAGAGAGAGACCACCCAACCAGAAUGUCACUAGUGUCCCCUCUCUCUCUAGACAGUGCAGGAGCAAAGCUGUUGGCCUGUUCCUUCCGAUGAUACAACAGACGCAAUUACAAAAAGUAGCUGGAUCCUGUUACGGCAUCCUCUCCCGCUGCUCGUCUCACACGGGACACACACUGACUGGAAUGUUAUGAUGCAACUGUUAAAACAUAAUGAGACGCACCAGCAGCUCACCGGACUUGAGUACUGGCACCUCAAAAUGUUCUACUGCUUGAGCUCCUGUUCCUUUGAUAGAAUAUGAGCACAGAAGGAUUGAGGAGUUCCUGUACCUAAAUAUAAACAGUACCUUAACACAAAAUGAAUCCUGGAACCUGUUUCAGUCCAAGACCAGCACUGAUACACAUACAGGGUUAGAUGGAAAGGUAGGCAGGGAUGGAUGGUAGGUAGGUAUGUAAGGUAGGUAGGUAUGUAUGUAA